GAGAUUGAGGAGGGGGCAGUCAGUGUGCCUGCGAGUUAUUUUGGGAAGGAUUUAGUAAGAUGUUCUACUGGACCCAGUCUGUGUCUCUGAUUUUAGCUUAGCUCGACUGGGAGGCUCUCAUGGAGAUCAACAGGAAAGAGGAUAAAGCAGAGGAUGACAGCCCUGAGGGGGAGAUGACAAAGGAGGAUGUUUCAGAGCCUGUGGAAGGGGACACGGUCCUGGGCAACCACACGAGACUUUCUUCCCAUCAGCGGUCAGUUAUCCACCAGGUGGCCUCUGCACCCAUGCCCAAUGACUGUGAGUUCUCCUUCUUUGACCCCAGUGAGCCGCAGUGCAGGGAGGUUCUUCUGGAUCCUAACACCACCAUACCAGAGCUGUUUGCUGUCCUCAGGCAGUGGGUUCCCCAGGUGCAGAGAAACAUCAGCCUUAUUGGCAACGAGAUCCUAAAGAGAGGCUGUGGUGUGAAUGAUCGAGAUGGUCUGACAGAUAUGAGCCUCCUUCACUAUUGCUGCAAGGCUGGUGCCCCGGGCAUUGGAGAUGCAGAGACAGCAGCCAGCUUUGCACGCCAGCUCCUCGCCUUGGGUGCUGAUCCCAACCUUCGCUCGCGCUGGACUAACAUGAGGGCCCUGCACUACGCUGCCUACUUUGACGUGCCCCAGCUUAUCUGUGUGGUGCUGCAGGCCUCACAACCUGGAGAUGUUGACGCCACCUGCAGUGACUUUGAUUUUGGCACAGCCCUGCACAUCGCUGCAUCCAACCUGUGCACAUCAGCCGUCAAAUGUCUCUUGGAGCUGGGAGCCAAUCCUGCAUUCAGAAAUGAAAGAGGACAGUGUCCAGCAGACGUUGUGCCUGACCCCCUCGACAUGCCCUUGGAUAUGGCAGAUGCAGCUGCCAUAGCCAAAGAUCUCCGGGCUUUGCUGAGACAGGCUUUACCCAGACCCAGCUCCCCCCUGCCCUUCACACUGCAGCCCCAGUCCGUCCCUGCUCUCUCUGAUAAGGCCAGGACGCAGCUCGCCUCCAUGGGAAUCCGGCUGGGGGACCGCGUGGUGAUAGCUGGACAGAAGGUGGGAACCCUGCGGUUUUGUGGCAGCACUGAGUUUUCGGGAGGCCUCUGGGCCGGAGUGGAACUGGACAAACCAGAGGGAAAGAACGACGGCUCGGUAGCGGGGGUUCAGUACUUCACCUGUCGAAUCAAAUGUGGUAUUUUUGCUCCGCUGUCCAAGAUAAGCAAACCUUUGGAAAGGCAUAAAACCAACACAACAAAGACAUCGACACCCAUUCGCCCCCCUCGUCGUAUUGACCUCUCUCGCAUUACCUCCAGGAUAAACACAGGUUUGAUUCCCUCUGUUAAAAAAACACCUGAUUAUCAAAAAAGUCCACCUGGUCCCCAUUACCACUCAGAGGGAGACGACUCGGUCAUAAAGACAGGUGUCCUCUCCCGCUCUCUUUCCUCUUCGUCCUCCUCACUGGACUCUCGGCCAGGUGCCCGACCUCGUCCACUGCCGAGGCAGCGCCUGCCUCCCAGGCAGCGAAGGGAGCGUCUUUCCAUGAGUCCCAGGACGACGCCCUCACCAGCCCUCCGCUCUUUCUCUGGCACUACAACACUUAAUACUGCAGGUCUUCGAAGUCGGACCCCCUCAGGUAGUAGCUCAUUGUGUGAGGGCUCUGAUGUUCGCCUGGGGGAGAGGGUGCUGGUGGUGGGCCAGAGAACCGGUGUAGUCCAGUUCUAUGGAAAGACCAGCUUUGCUCCAGGGCUCUGGUUAGGCAUUGAACUGGACAAGCCAAGUGGUAAGAAUGAUGGAUCGGUGGGAGGAGUGAGGUACUUCAGCUGCCCACCAAAACAUGGAGUCUUUGCUCCUCCGUCUCGUGUUCAGAGGAUCCAUGGAUCGGUUGAUUGCCUUUCAGAGCUGACGUCCUCACGUCUAAGUCAUCCUUUCAGUGGGACAAUUCGCCGCAGUUUCAGCACAUCAUCUGCCAUCGCCACUCCAAAGGAGACAAGCAGAAGAAGCCCCGUUACAAGGAGUCGUUCCAAUCCUCACCGUCGGCGCUGGAGCACCCUCAGCAGCAUCCCUGGAAGCACAGCGCGGUCCAGUCCCACGCCCAGCUCUGACGGACAGGUCAGCCUUCACGUGGGAAUGCAGGUCCUGCUGAACAGCGCCAACGAGAUGGCGUUCAUCCGCUACCUGGGCACCGCAGACUUUGCCCCGGGCCUUUGGCUCGGUCUGGAGCUCCGGAGCCCCAAGGGCAAGAAUGAUGGCUCUGUGGGUGGCCGCCGCUACUUCACCUGCCGCCCCGGCCACGGCGUGCUGGUCCGUCCCAGCCGUGUCACCUACCGCGGUAUUAAUGGGUCAUGCUUGGUGAAGGAAAACAGCUGAUAUCUAAAGCAAACGGAGGGUGUGGGUGAGUUUUGACCAUCUGUUUAUGAUCCGUUGACAGUUGAAAGCUGGAUUCUCCAUCUUUUUCCAUCAUCUAUCAAUAAUUUUCUAAUUUGUAUGCUCUGUACUGUUCAGAGGUGUUGUGAGUUAUAAGAGUCAAACCAAUUACUAUUAGUUUUUGAAAAGUGUAGGUGACAAAGCACUUUAUGAAGUUAACUUUAAAUUAAUAAGAUUAGUUUUUGCGAGUCCAGUCUUAAUAAGACAUAAAACACUGCACUACUUUUAAUCUGAUUGCACUGGCAAACAUUGAUUUGAGAGAUUAGAAUACGAUAACAUGGAUGGUAUGGAUGUGCACACGUUAAGAACUAUUUCUAUACCCAAAGUUCAUUUUAACUUAGAUUUUUAUCUUAUAAUUUAGGUGAUAAUGUAGUCUGUUGUCUAACCAAAAGUGUUGAUGUGUGUGGGUACGGCAGCAUGUGUUUAUCAAUUAAGAGCCCUUUGAAACAAGAGAGUUGAUUGAUUUUUUUUUACCAGGGUUGUCAAAUGACUUUCGGGAUAAUUGACAGAUGCUGAAUCCAACCUGAAUUUCAGUUUUAUAAAUGAAUGUGGAUUAAACAGAAUUUAAUUAAGCUCAGACCUCCAUCAGCCUCCAUCAAAGUCCAACGGCAGCAACAGAAGUUGUCUCCUCCUGCGUACAUCAGUCUCUGCCACACACUGUCUAUUAGCCUGAUGCAGAUAAAUGAUGGUUACAUUGCGCUAGGACGUAGCAAAAACUUCCUAUUACCAGUGACAGUGAUUCCCUUAUGUUUAUCAACAGACUGAAAACAUUGUUGGGUCGGGGCUGCUCAGAUGACACACUAUCAGUACCAGGGUUUCUGUCUGAUCAGAAAAAAUAACCUGAUUAGUCCUUAAUAACUGAUUUUUGCGAAGAGUGGUGUCAGCUUUACUGUGAUAAAUGUCACAAUGUGAAAAUUUCCAUCUUCAUUAUAAUCUUGGACACGCUCAUCAGGAUUCUGUACAUUGCACGGUCACUACCAUUUUGAACUGUGUAAUCUCCAAAUGCCGGUUAAUAAAAGCGAUAUUUGAGUGAGUGCAUUUAAAAGAUCUCUUGUAUGUUCCCAGCUUGGGUGUUGGAUCUGCUUUUCAGUAAUGCAUAGUGUUACAUUUGUUGAGGAGAUAAUUGCAUUUGGUGCUUAAUUGAGUGUGGCUUGACACAGGAAAUAUGCAAUCAUCCAGAAGUUUCAAGGACUGGAGUUUCCUAUCUGAUUAGAGCCGUCUGAGCAGCUCGUUAGAGAACAAGCCAUUGAUUGUGCAUGUGGAAAACAGGCCUGCUAUUCAGUAAAACACUCAUGUACUACCAUCCAAUUAGAGCAUGUAGGCCACAACUGUAACUGUAGAGUCCCCAGGGGCCUUUUCUCAUUGAUCUGCCUGACGCUGUGAUUGAAAAGCAGUGAAGGUUUUCAUCAUAUUUUCUGAAAUAUUUGCUACAUAUGAAAUAAGUGGGCGAAAAUGGUUCUUAUAGAUAUAUUUACAUCUGCACUUAGUAAUGGAUAAAUAGCUUUUCAUUUAAGUUCAGGACAUAUUUGUGAUUAUUUCUGUAACUUGUAUGUAUUCCACAUUUCAAAUUCCAUCUAUAGAAAUGUGUCUCAUUUAUUGAUGUGUCUGUAUUAGGUAUGAAAGUCUUCAAGCCCUGGAUUCUGUGUAUGUAUAUCUGAGGUGUGGGUGUGUGACAGAGGGAUUUGACCUGAUACAUGUUGUGGGUCGAAAUUGUAUUUGUAAAAUAAAAUUAAAGAUUAUAUUCUAAUGACA